CACAAACCGCGUCCGCCUCCGAAGAGUAUAAAAGACCACCAUCUUCUCUCCCUCCUUCUUCAACUCUUCGACUAUUUCAUCAACCCAACGCAAACAUAAUGGGAAGAAGACCGGCGCGUUGUUACCGUCAGAUAAAGAACAAGCCGUAUCCGAAGUCGCGGUUCUGCCGCGGCGUUCCGGAUCCGAAGAUCCGAAUAUACGACGUGGGGAUGAAGAAGAAAGGCGUGGACGAGUUUCCCUUCUGCGUGCACCUCGUCUCCUGGGAGAAGGAGAACGUGUCCAGCGAGGCCUUGGAGGCGGCGCGCAUCGCCUGCAACAAGUACAUGGCGAAGUUCGCGGGGAAGGACGCGUUCCACCUGCGGGUGAGGGUGCACCCCUUCCACGUGCUCCGUAUCAACAAGAUGCUAUCGUGCGCCGGGGCGGACAGGCUCCAGACCGGGAUGAGGGGGGCGUUCGGGAAGCCGCAGGGGACGUGCGCGAGAGUGAGUAUUGGACAGGUGCUGCUCUCCGUUCGAUGUAAGGAUGGGAAUGGUCAGCACGCUCAGGAGGCUCUUCGCCGCGCCAAGUUCAAGUUCCCUGGCCGUCAGAAGAUUAUUGUCAGCAGAAAGUGGGGAUUUACAAAACUAAGUCGAAGUGAGUAUUUGAAGUUGAAGUCUGAAAACAGAAUUGUGCCGGAUGGGGUCAAUGCCAAGGUUCUUGGGUGUCACGGACCUUUGGCAAAUCGUGCGCCCGGAAGAGCUUUCUUACCAGCUACUGCUUAGGUCAUUUAGCAGUAGGAAAUUCAGUGAAUCUAUGGCUUUUCUUUUCACCUGGUGAAUUCAUUUGUUACCUGUUCAUUAUAGUCUGAGCUGUAACUAUAAAUCAUGUAUCUAUCUGUCUUCCAAAUGUCAUGGGAGCUUGAAAGACGCACAUUUGUUGUAUUGAAAUCUCAUUAUUCUGUCACACUUUAAACAGAAUAGAAAUAAAUAAAUAUGGUCUGUGUUGUGUA